AAUGAUAUUCACGACCAUCAAAAUGAUAUUCUCAAUGAUGUUACUUUAGCUAUUCUAAAAAGAAGACCUUUCAAAAGUAGUAAAUCAGAGAAUGACGAAGAAGACUAUAUAUCUCUGUGCGAAUCGGCAAUUGAUGAGAAUUCCGAUGGUGAGAUUUAUACUAAUAAUGUAAUUGAUGGAAGUAAAAAGAAAAAGCUAGAGUUUUGCAUUUCUAGUGCGUUACAUUCUUUUAUAUUGGAUGUUGAAGAUGAAGUUGUGUUGAAUCAUUUUACCGAAGAGGAGAUGGAGGAAAUAGUUCAGGUUUCGGGUCCUGCCGUUCCUGAGUUGUCUGAAAACGUGAUAGAUUGUUUAAGCGAUUGGAUUUUAAGAUCAACUGGUAAAGGCGAUAAUGAUGAAUUUGGAGUUGGUGAAGCAGGACAUAGCUGGAAAGACAAAUAUGGUACUAAGUUUUUAAAGGAAUCUGGCACAAAACUUCCAAAAAACUUAAAAGAUAUGAUUAUGAAGUUAAUGGAAAAGGUUAAGUGGAACCCAGCCAAAUACAAUGAAAUUCAAACGGUUGGAAUUAUUCAUGCUGGUCAUAACCAAAUAGUUGGUCCAAACUCUGAUUGGUUAUUAUUAAUCGUUUAUCAGAUUAUCGGUGGAGGGAGCACACAAAAACUUGGAAAUAUGAAAACAGCUGACAGUGAUAGUGGAUCCGAACAAAACUAUUCAAAUGAUUCUUCAAGCGAAAAAGAAACCGAAAUCAAAAAAAUCGGUCCUACCAAACGAACAAAUCCAAGAUUCGACGAUCUGUCGGGAAAAUUUAACGAAGAUUUAUUUGAAAAGUCGUAUAACUUUUUAAAUGAAUAUAAAAGAUCUGAAAUUGAAGAAGUUAAAAAAAGAAUCGAUAAAGAAAAAGAUCCAGAGGAAAAACAGAAAUUGCAACAACUUUUAAAUAAAUUGGUAUUUGAACAAUCUAGAGCUGCGCAUGAGAGUAAUUUAAACCGAAAAAAGCAAUUAAAACGGGAGCGAAAAAAGAAAGAGCGUGAACUUGUUGCUCAAGGAAAAUCUCCAUUCUAUAUCAAGAAAUGUAAUAUCAUUUUAGAGCGAUUAAAUUCAUUUACCAUCCUUAAUGCGGUUAAGGAUGACUUAAAUAGGUAG